CGAUAAAAAACCUGCACUUUCAAUAGUAGUUAUUCUCCUCCAACGAGUCUCGCUAUGCGAUUCGCUUGUGGUCAUCUCCUAGGCCUUGGAUCAAUUAGGAACGAUUUGGUCCGCGGGUUGCGGUCUGAAAGGAUAGUUUGCGUGUUUUUUCCUCCGUGUCUUACGCGCUGAUGUCGGGCGGAUAAAAUAUAGUGUGAAGAACACAACCAAUGCUUCAUUCAGUUGGCGCUCUGCCAUUGCUACAGAUGCAAAGUAGUGGACUCAAGAUUUGCAAAUCAGUUACUGGAAUCGCUUCGGAAGCAUGGGAAGUUCAAUAGCGCUGUCGUGUUUUGGUCUCUUAGUCGUGUGGCCUCCGCUCAUGGUCAACGGCUUUGAUCUUCUGGUUCACUAUAACAUGAGUGAAUACUGGCAAAUGCCUGCCUUGUUUGAGUACGAGAGUUUCGAGAGCUGCCUUAGAUCGAAUCCUGAUGGGAUUUUCUGUGUCGUGAAAAGUGUUGUGAAAGCUGACCAUAGAUCGCAAAUUUGGAGGACGAUAGAAAAAUACUCCAGAUAUCCUUAUCAGUAUCAUCAUAAUGUGCUCACCCGUGGAAUCUGUUUGGAGCGAUGUGAAGAAGUGGUAAACGCACUCAGUGAACAACAAAGGUUACGCUUUCUGGAACCGAAAUUUCCCGUGGAUUUCAAGUAUAUCAUUAAUGAUUGGUUAUUACCCAACAUUGAAAGCUACAGAGACCAGUAUGGAUCGCUGGUCAACAUUUGCCAAAAUUAUCGAUUGUUUUCCAGUUAUAACCUCACAGCUUAUACAGAGAUUGAACAUUGCACAACAAACAACAGUCUUCAUAGAGAGACAGAUUUUUGGGAUCGAUUUUUCUUCGGCACCGUAGUUUUGAUUAUUAUAAUUGCAAUUGCAUCCACCAUUUAUGACGCAAAGCUGGCAGGAGAGGAAGACGAAAAUCACUAUCGUUCACCAUUACAGAACAAAUCCAACACUUUGCUCACUGCAUUCUCUCUGCGAAGGAACGUGAACCGUUUGACGAUGAAAUUGAAGACUGAUAAAGUCCAACAAGAUUUCCGAUUCCUGGAAGCCAUUCGCGUAUUCAUAUUGACCACUAUCACAUUCUCCCACGUCGUUAUCGGGUUGGGCAUGACGACCACGCAGAAUCCGGAGAUGUUGGAGCGGAUGCUCUCCAGACCAGGACUUCAAAUGUUCCUCUCCAUGGUUCCUUUUCAAGUUGACAUGUUUUUUGCCAUCAGUGGACUGUUACUAACGGUACACUUCAUGAGAACCACUGAAAGCAAGCGUUUCAACUUCAAACCAUUGUGGAUGGGAGUGGCUAAUCGCUAUCUGAGGUCCCUUCCGGUGUAUGGAAUGGUAAUGGUUUUUGCAGUUUCGGUGUUCGACCGGCUGCAGAUAAGCCCGUCCGCCUAUAAAAUUAUGCCAAUGGUGAGGACAAUUUGCAGGAAAAAAUGGUGGAUGAAUUUGCUCUUCAUCAAUAAUUAUUAUAAGCCGGAGGAGCAGUGUCUAAUCCAUACUUGGUAUCUGGCGGCGGACUUUCAGCUCUUCAUUGUUGGCUUAGUGGUCCUGAUGAUACUCUGGAAAUAUCCGACCAUACUGCGGCAGGUAGUUGUCUUGCUUCUGGCCGCCGGAUUCCUUCUUCCAGUGUUGAACAUCUACUUCAAUUCCGGAGACGCAAUAAUGCUGCUGACAAAUAAAGGCAACGCUUUCCAGCUGUGGUACGACAAAUGGUUCACCCGCACGUACCAGGCGACGGAAACUCACUGUAUCAGUUACUUCGGAGGAAUGUUGGUGGGGAUUAUCUAUCACAAAAUGCAAUCCGAUGAUCUGCUGCUGGCGAAAUCAAAGCUCUACAAAACGCUGCAGUACAUAGUUUUCCCGUUGACAGUAGCCUUCUGUCUACCGGCACCACUUUUCCAUCUCUACAGUUUCAGUAAACCUUCAGUCUGGAUGUCACUGUACGCAGGAAUCCAGCGGUUGGUGAUAGCUGCCUUCGUGAAUACUACCUUUUUGGUGCUAAUGUUCGCCGAACGGGAUUCGUUCUUCGGAAGACUUCGGUCAUCUAAACUAUUGGAGAAUGCAUUCUAUAGAGUGCUUGGGAGGCUUGGUUUUGGGUUCUAUCUCAUCCAUAUGACCGUGCUGAAAACGGUCUACGGGAAUCAGCAUGAGGCCUUGAGAGGAUCUAUGGGUCUGGUGAUCACAGUUUUUUGUUCUGGAACAAUGAUAACAUACGUUCUCGCGGCAUUUGUAUAUAUCCUGGUGGAAAAACCAUUUGACGUAAUUCUUAAACAAUUAUUCGGUACGGGGAAUACCAAGAGGCAAGAGAGAGAAGUGUCCACAAUUACAUUGGAUAACAGCCUUAAUCGCAUUGAGAGACUCGGUAGCGGCAAGCGACGAAAUUCAACAACGCUUCCAGCACAUUGACCGUAGAGAAUUUUUUUUUUAAAUUUAAAAACCGAACAUCUUGACCUACCGAUAGCUUUAACAAAUCGCUUGAGUGAAUGUUACAUCACAUUAAAUUAUGACACAAAAACAUUUUUACACUUUGCUCUUUGCCAUUGAGAUAUGUUAAAUUAACAUUGGGUGCAUCGCGCAUUUCAAAUUGUAUUAUAAUUUAGUUCUCUGAUACAAUAAACCGUGUGAAUGUAUGGAUUUU